UCUCAUUUAGCUUCAUUAGUUGACCCUGAAUUCUGAAGGAGAUUUCCCCCCCUCCCAUUUACCUCCUCCACAUCCAGCAGAAUGAAGAAGCCAAGAGGUUUUAAUGGUUUCCCAUUUCUGGCCUGGCCUUUGUUUGAUUUCUCUGGUGCUGCUGCUUUCUGCCUCUAAUCUGUCUCCCCCCUGUCGUCCAGUCAUCGACUGCAGCAUUCCAGAGAAUGGGGAAGGAACGUCCACCUGCCUUUCCUCCUUCGGCAGCUGGGAAGCCCACACGCGCGGCAUUGGCUCUAAACUUCUGGCUCAGAUGGGUUACGAGCUUGGUAAAGGUUUGGGCAAGAAUUCAGAGGGUCGGGUGGAGCCAGUGUUAGCUGUUGUGCUCCCAAAGGGGAAGUCAUUGGACCAGUGUGCCGAGAUCCUCCAGAAGAAGAAGGAGGGGAAACUCGAUCCAUCUAAGCCCAAGAAACGGAGGGCGAAAGGAAACAAGGCUGCCCGGCUCCGGCAGCAGAACCCGAAGCCCCGUAACGUGUUUGAUUUUCUGAAUGAGAAGCUUCAGGGCCAGGACUCUGGGAGGGAGGCAGAAGGGAAGCUGCUCCCACUGGAGAGGAGCAGCAAAGAGAUCUACCACGCCAGCAAGACCACCAAGAAGGCCCUGAAUGUGCGCCUCUUCCAGACCAUGGAAAAAAUCGACCAGACUCAAAAGGACAUCCGAGAGAUUCGGGAGGCCUUGGCACGCAACGCAGGGCGGCACACCAUUGCCACAGCUAAGCUGGAAGAGAAGCUCUCUGGGGCCCACAAGAGACUGGGUGAGCUGCGGGCUUUGGAGGCGAGUCUUCAGCAAGAGCAGAAGAAAGCCGAUACACACAAAAAAAUGACCGAGUUCUAGGUUUUGUCCGUCAGAUUCGUCUGUGGAAGGAGAUUCCGGUCCAGGUUGGGUGGCAGAGUAGCUGCUAGACCGAAACCAGUUCCAUUCUUCUGGAUUUCCUUCAGUUGCACCAGUGGGCUGGUAUGAAAUGGAGGCCCGGGAGCAUGGACAGCCUAGCAGCUUGCCUUUCCUCUUCAUGCAGAACCCCCAGAAAACAUCCACAGCCGGGCCCAGAGCUGCCAAUAUUCAUCUGGUUCAGGAGGGGUUUCUGCUACGCCUCCUCCAGGACUUCUUUAUGGCUGCUUGGGGACCGGUGGCCUCUUUCCUCCCCUCUCAGCAGAGACAAACACUACUGUGGAGGACAGAGAAAAAUAAAAUGAGAAAAAUUC